UUCCUCCUCACCUCACCUCCUCCUCGAGACUCACACUCAACACUUGACUCAACAACAACACUCAUUCAGAGUCACAACUCAUAUUAAGACUUUCACAACAAACAUCUCCUGAAGAUGAAGGUCACAAAACAUCUUAUAUUUAUCGCCUCGCUAGUUGCGUCAUCCUGGGCGGUCAACCUAAAUUAUUUAACUCCAACGAACGGCUUCAACGGUGGCAACGGUAAUGGUAACGGUAAUGGAGGUUAUAAUAAUGGAAUUAAUGGAAAUGGCAACGGUGUGAUUCUAAACGGCAACGGAAAUGGGUUAGUCAAUGGAAAUGGUAACGGAUACGCCAAUGGUUUAAAUGGAAAUGGUGUGAUUGUAAACGGUAAUGGAAAUGGUAAUGGAUAUGUAAAUGGCGGAAAUGGUAACGGAGUAUAUACAAACGGCAAUGGAAACGGAGUAAUCAACGGAAAUGGUAACGGAUACGCCAAUGGUGGUUAUGGCAACGGUAAUGGACUUAUUGUCAACGGCAACAGUGUUGUUAACGGAAACGGAUAUGCCAAUGGUAAUGGUUUUGUCAACGUUUUGUCAACGGCAACGGUGGUGUUAACGGAAACGGAUAUACCAAUGGAAACGGUAAUGGAUUUGUCAACGGCAAUGGUGCUGUUAACGGUAACGGAUAUGCCAAUGGAAAUGGUGUUUCACAUCUGUCAGGCAGAUGGCAGGAGCGACUCCUUCCUGUGUCCCAACGGCACCAUCUUCAACCAGCAGUUCUUCGUGUGUGACUGGUGGUACAACUUCGACUGUUCCACCGCCCCGCAGUUCUACGACCUCAACGCUCAGAUCGGAGUGGUCAACGGUAAUGGCAACGGAUACUCCAACGGCAUCGUCAAUGGCAUUAUUAACGGUAACGGGAUUUACGGUAACGGAGCAAAUGGCAAUGGUGCAGUAAACGGAAAUGGUGUCGUCAACGGUAAUGGAAACGGAUUCGCUAAUGGCAAUGGUUAUGCUAAUGGCAACGGUAAUGGCAAUGGAUACGUCAAUGGUGGAGUAAAUGGAAAUGGACUCAUCAAUGGCAAUGGCAACGGUUAUGCUAAUGGCAACGGUAAUGGUAACGGAUACGUCAAUGGUGCAGUAAAUGGAAAUGGUGUCGUCAAUGGUAAUGGAAACGGAUACGCUAAUGGCAAUGGUUAUGCUAAUGGCAACGGUAAUGGCAAUGGAUACGCCAAUGGUGCAGUAAAUGGAAAUGGACUCAUCAAUGGUAAUGGCAACGGUUAUGCUAAUGGAAACGGCAAUGGCAAUGGAUAUGCCAACGGUGCAGUAAAUGGAAAUGGUCUCAUCAACGGCAAUGGCAACGGUUAUGCAAAUGGCAACGGUAAUGGAAUUAAUGGCAACGUAAAUGGAAAUGGUCUUAUCAACGGUAAUGGUAAUGGUCUUAUCAACGGCAACGGUAAUGGAUACACUAACGGUAACGGAAUCAACGGAAAUGGAAACGGAUACACCAACGGUAAUGGAAACGGUAACGGAUACGCCAAUGGCAACGGUAAUGGUAUUAUCAAUGGAAACGGUAAUGGACUUUUCAAUGGCAACGGUAAUGGUCUUAUCAACGGCAACGGUAAUGGAUACACCAAUGCCUCGCUAGUUGCGUCAUCCUGGGCGGUCAACCUAAAUUAUUUAACUCCAACGAACGGCUUCAACGGUGGCAACGGUAAUGGUAACGGUAAUGGAGGUUAUAAUAAUGGAAUUAAUGGAAAUGGCAACGGUGUGAUUCUAAACGGCAACGGAAAUGGGUUAGUCAAUGGAAAUGGUAACGGAUACGCCAAUGGUUUAAAUGGAAAUGGUGUGAUUGUAAACGGUAAUGGAAAUGGUAAUGGAUAUGUAAAUGGCGGAAAUGGUAACGGAGUAUAUACAAACGGCAAUGGAAACGGAGUAAUCAACGGAAAUGGUAACGGAUACGCCAAUGGUGGUUAUAGCAACGGUAAUGGACUUAUUGUGAACGGCAACGGUGUUGUUAACGGAAAUGGAUAUGCCAAUGGAAAUGGUAAUGGUUUUGUCAACGGCAACGGUGGUGUUAACGGAAACGGAUAUACCAAUGGAAACGGUAAUGGAUUUGUCAACGGCAAUGGUGCUGUUAACGGUAACGGAUAUGCCAAUGGAAAUGGUAAUGGUUUAGUCAACGGCAACGGCGCUGUUAACGGGAACGGAUACUACAACGGCAUCGUGGACCCCAUCAGCGCCCUUGCUUAUGCUAUUGGAGGUGGCGGCGUUCCCGGCGUGGACUAUCCCAUCCUGGCUUCUGUCCCCUUCACUGGAUUCUCCUGCGGCGGACUAAUACCCGGAUACUACGCUGAUACUGCCCCCGAGGCCGGCUGUCAGGUGUUUCACAUCUGUCAGGCAGAUGGCAGGAGCGACUCCUUCCUGUGUCCCAACGGCACCAUCUUCAACCAGCAGUUCUUCGUGUGUGACUGGUGGUACAACUUCGACUGUUCCACCGCCCCACAGUUCUACGACCUCAACGCUCAGAUCGGAGUGGUCAACGGUAAUGGCAACGGAUACUCCAACGGCAUCGUCAAUGGCAUUAUUAACGGUAACGGGAUUUACGGUAACGGAGCAAAUGGCAAUGGUGCAGUAAACGGAAAUGGUGUCGUCAACGGUAAUGGAAACGGAUUCGCUAAUGGCAAUGGUUAUGCUAAUGGCAACGGUAAUGGCAAUGGAUACGUCAAUGGUGCAGUAAAUGGAAAUGGACUCAUCAAUGGCAAUGGCAACGGUUAUGCUAAUGGCAACGGUAAUGGUAACGGAUACGUCAAUGGUGCAGUAAAUGGAAAUGGUGUCGUCAAUGGUAAUGGAAACGGAUACGCUAAUGGCAAUGGUUAUGCUAAUGGCAACGGUAAUGGCAAUGGAUACGCCAAUGGUGCAGUAAAUGGAAAUGGACUCAUCAAUGCCUCGCUAGUUGCGUCAUCCUGGGCGGUCAACCUAAAUUAUUUAACUCCAACGAACGGCUUCAAUGGUGGCAACGGUAAUGGUAACGGUAAUGGAGGUUAUAAUAAUGGAAUUAAUGGAAAUGGCAACGGAAAUGGGUUAGUCAAUGGAAAUGGUAACGGAUACGCCAAUGGUUUAAAUGGAAAUGGUGUGAUUGUAAACGGUAAUGGAAAUGGUAAUGGAUAUGUAAAUGGCGGAAAUGGUAACGGAGUAUAUACAAACGGCAAUGGAAACGGAGUAAUCAACGGAAAUGGUAACGGAUACACCAAUGGUGGUUAUGGCAACGGUAAUGGACUUAUUGUCAACGGCAACGGUGUUGUUAACGGAAACGGAUAUGCCAAUGGAAAUGGUAAUGGUUUUGUCAACGGCAACGGUGGUGUUAACGGGAACGGAUAUACCAAUGGAAAUGGUAAUGGUUUAGUCAACGGCAUUGGUGCUGUUAAUGGGAACGGAUAUGCCAAUGGAAAUGGUAAUGGUUUAGUCAACGGCAACGGCGCUGUUAACGGGAACGGAUACUACAACGGCAUCGUGGGCCCCAUCAGCGCCCUUGCAGAUGCUAUUGGAGGUGGUGGCGUCCCCGGCGUGGACUAUCCCAUCCUGGCUUCUGUCCCCUUCACUGGAUUCUCCUGCGGCGGACUAAUACCCGGAUACUACGCUGAUACUGCCCUCGAGGCCGGCUGUCAGGUGUUUCACAUCUGUCAGGCAGAUGGCAGGAGCGACUCCUUCCUGUGUCCCAACGGCACCAUCUUCAACCAACAGUUCUUCGUGUGUGACUGGUGGUACAACUUUGACUGUUCCACCGCCCCGCAGUUCUACAGUCUCAACGCUCAGAUCGGAGUGGUCAACGGUAAUGGCAACGGAUACUCCAACGGCAUCGUCAAUGGCAUUAUUAACGGUAACGGGAUUUACGGUAACGGAGCAAAUGGCAAUGGUGCAGUAAACGGAAAUGGUGUCGUCAACGGUAAUGGAAACGGAUACGCUAAUGGCAAUGGUUAUGCUAAUGGCAACGGUAAUGGCAAUGGAUACGUCAAUGGUGGAGUAAAUGGAAAUGGACUCAUCAAUGGCAAUGGCAACGGUUAUGCUAAUGGCAACGGUAAUGGUAACGGAUACGUCAAUGGUGCAGUAAAUGGAAAUGGUGUCGUCAAUGGUAAUGGAAACGGAUACGCUAAUGGCAACGGUAAUGGCAAUGGAUACGCCAAUGGUGCAGUAAAUGGAAAUGGACUCAUCAAUGGUAAUGGCAACGGUUAUGCUAAUGGCAACGGUAAUGGCAAUGGAUACGCCAAUGGUGCAGUAAAUGGAAAUGGACUCAUCAAUGGCAAUGGCAACGGUUAUGCUAAUGGCAACGGUAAUGGCAAUGGAUACGCCAAUGGUGCAGUAAAUGGAAAUGGACUCAUCAAUGGUAAUGGCAACGGUUAUGCUAAUGGAAACGGCAAUGGCAAUGGAUAUGCCAACGGUGCAGUAAAUGGAAAUGGUCUCAUCAACGGCAAUGGCAACGGUUAUGCAAAUGGCAACGGUAAUGGAAUUAAUGGCAACGUAAAUGGAAAUGGUCUUAUCAACGGUAAUGGUAAUGGUCUUAUCAACGGCAACG